GGAGGCGCCGCGUAGGCCCGGGAGGCCGGGCGGGCCGGGCCGGGAGCUCGAGCCCCAUGCCUCGCCGCCGGCCCCGACCAUGUUCCCGUCCCGGCGGAGAGCGGCGCAGCUGCCCUGGGAGGACGGCAGGAGCGCUAGGAUCUCAUAUCCAUCUCCCCAGCCUCCACUCCGCCCCCAGAAAGAGCCCAGUGGGCGAGGGAGGACCUGUAGUGCUUCCAGCCCUCCCAGGCCACUGACAGGAGUGGCCUGUGCUCCUCAGCGGCAGAAGCCACCUCCGCAGGAUACUGGGGGGUCCAGGUUGCUCCCCAGCGGCCUCUCCCGGAAAUGCUCCGUCUUCCACCUCUUCGUUGCCUGUCUCUUAUUGGGCUUCUUCCCCCUGCUCUGGCUGCAGUUCAGCUGCUCUGGGGACGUGGCCCGGACAGCAGGGGGACAGGGACAGGAGACCCCGGGCCCUGCGCAGGCCUGCCCUCCGGAACCACCCGUUGAACACUGGGAGGAAGAUGAGUCCUGGGGUCCCCACCGCCUGGCAGUGCUGGUGCCCUUCCGCGAACGCUUUGAGGAGCUGCUGGUCUUUGUGCCCCACAUGCACCGCUUCUUGAGCCGGAAGAAGAUCCAGCACCACAUCUAUGUGCUAAACCAGGUGGAUCACUUCAGGUUUAACCGGGCAGCGCUCAUCAACGUGGGCUUCCUGGAGAGCAGCAACAGCACGGACUACAUCGCCAUGCACGACGUGGACCUGCUGCCCCUCAACGAGGAGCUCGACUAUGGCUUCCCCGAGGCCGGGCCCUUCCACGUGGCGUCCCCGGAGCUGCACCCGCUCUACCAUUACAAGACCUACGUGGGCGGCAUCUUGCUGCUCUCCAAGCAGCACUACCAGCUGUGCAACGGGAUGUCCAACCGCUUCUGGGGCUGGGGCCGCGAGGAUGACGAGUUCUACCGGCGCAUCAAAGGAGCAGGGCUGCAGCUGUUCCGCCCAUCGGGGAUCACGACUGGGUAUAAGACCUUCCGCCACCUGCAUGACCCUGCCUGGAGGAAGAGGGACCAGAAGCGCAUUGCAGCUCAGAAGCAGGAACAAUUCAAGGUGGACCGGGAGGGCGGCCUGAAUACCGUGCGCUACCGCGUGGAUUCCCGCACAGCCCUGUCUGUGGGCGGGGCCCCUUGUACUGUCCUCAACAUCCUGCUGGACUGUGACAAGGCUGCCACCCCUUGGUGCACUUUUGGCUGAGAUGGCUGACACUCAGGCUUGGAACGAAGCCUCAGGCCCCCGGGGCCCAGCUCUAACAGGAGAUGGAGUGGCCUCCUGCACCUGCCAGCCAGCUCCCUACGGGCAGCAGCCCAGCCCUGGAGGCAGGCUUGAGCCAGGCCAGGACACCGGCUCCUCAUCGUGACGCUCUAGCUCUGUCCUCCGGCUUGCUAGCUCUACUUCCCUCAUGCUGAGACCUGCGGGCAGCGGGUGGGGUUGAGGACAACAAGCGCCAAUUGACCUCGCUUCAUUCGGAGUGGACAGUCCCAUUCCGAAGCCACGUGUGACUGUGACUGGGAGGCUUAGAACUACAGAGACCAAGCACAAGGACCCACGGAAGGGCAAUGCCCGUGGUGGUUGCCUUGCAGGAAGGUGGGCCUUGUGUCACCUGUGAUCUGACUUCUCAAACCAGAGUGCUGGAUUAUUCUGUGAAAUAUUCUUAUUUCUAAGUGAUAGGCGAUUGAAACUUUCAGAAGUAUGACAGGCCAGA